UUGCGACUCAUAGCGCCCAGAAGGAGCGAGAGCCGGGUCUAGACUCUAGAGAAUAGAAACUGGAGUCUGAAAGUGAAGAUUGAAGACAAUAGACACAGAUAGGGAGAGAGAGAGAGGGAGGAAAUGGGAAUGGCUUCUCAUCUCUCUCCUCUCCAGCCUUCAAUCGCUCCUCGUUUUUCUCUCAUCAACAACUGCGGCCUCAAGAGCUCCAAAUCUAAGUCGGUUGGGUUGUACGUGAAAUCUGGUAUAGAAGAUGACAGCCGUGCAGCAAGUAUUCCGGACGAAUCCUCUGGGCACCAACAUAUCAAGAGAAAUGGGGUUUUAGUCUCACGGCGCCAGUGUCUUGCUUGUUUAUGUUCAAGUCUAGCUUUGAUAAAUGUUUCCACCACUUCUAUGUCUGUACCAAGAGCAAUUGCUUUGGAAGGAAAAGAAAGGCCUGUUUGUCGGAACUGUGGGGGUAGUGGCGCCAUAAUCUGUGAUAUGUGUGGUGGUACAGGAAAAUGGAAAGCUCUGAACAGAAAACGGGCAAAGGAUGUUUAUGAGUUUACUGAAUGUCCAAAUUGUUAUGGCCGAGGAAAACUUGUUUGCCCAGUUUGUCUAGGAACUGGUUUACCCAAUAACAAGGGGCUUCUCCGGAGACCUGAGGCAAAGAAGUUGCUCGAUAAAAUGUAUAAUGGCCGGUUGUUGCCAAGUUCAUAAGGAAAUCCUUGAUUUUGUAUACUGUGGCAUGCAUUUACUUCAACUUAUGAUAUGCUUUGUUCUAAAUCUUGUCUUGCCUCUUCUUUUUGCCCAAUUUUAUUUUAGCACUUGAGAAUUUAUUCUUUCA